CCCCACGGCGUCGCGCCGUAGAGUCGGGGCGGGCCGGAGCCUACAUUUAUAGGUACAGGUAUUAUAGGCUAUCUAGAGGCGGAUUUCGGACGCACAGCUCGGGGAAAGUGAAUUUUUGCGGAGAGGGAGAACGCUGCUAUAUAUACAGAGCGAAAUUUCUUAAGCAGACAGUUCGAAGUUUUCAUUCUAGAAGCAACGACUUGGCUAGUCAGUGAUAUCCUAGUGCCUGCGUUAGUUUGAAUCUGUAGUGCAUCACAGUCAAGUUUUCCUUUCGUAAAAUGGAAUCUCCACGUGCGGAAUCUUACGCAUCUUCUGACACUGGUAGGACGAGAAUGAUUGAUGCAGAAGCUCGUCACACGGAUCUCGAUGGAAAUCUCAACGAAGUUACUGCAGACUUGACAGGGCUUGUGACGAUUUGUUGCUCGGAUUGUGAUCUUGACAGUGCCAACUACGAAAAAUGCCAGGGCGAGCUAGCUCUGCAAUGUUUAGCGUGCCGAGAGAAGUUUUAUCACCGUUUUUGGGCGAUCCGGCACAUCAAUUCUUGUGCCAGCAUCAUCAAGCAGCCAAAAUACAUCUGUGAGUUGUGCGAAACGACAUUCGAACGGAUCGAUGAACUAAGAAGACACUUUCAAGACUGUGCAAGUGAUUGUUUUACAAGUCUUCAGUUGGAGAACAACAACACGAAUUCGGAGGAAGAAUUAGAUAUGUUCAAGUACUUUGCCAACUCAUCGGAGAUAUUAAGGAAAAGCGUGAGGGAAUACCAUUUUAUCAAUGAUGAAGUGUAA